UGUCCCCUCAGAAGAAGCUGGCUUCGUACUACGUCUCUGUACCGCCACCCCCUGCUUGCCCCAGGUCUGCUAACGAUUAGGGCAGCCUUAACAGUGACAGGUGGGUAUGUAGGAAUGACAGAAGGUCACUGUUGAUUGCUUCCUACCCAGGACUGUGGGUCUGGAAUGAAGAUGUAACUGGCCAAAAAGCCGGGUCCCCCCUAGUCUCCAGAAACCACCCAUAAUGGGUGUCUGGGCUGGCCAGGAAGGGAGCUUGGUUUUGUCUACAGGCAUCCCUCAAAAUGCCAUUUGCUAGAAAGUAGGGGAAAGAUAUUUGCCCCACUCUUACAGAAGCGCACAGGAAAAACAGAGCCACCCCAGGGAUUUUUGCCAGCAACAGCUAUUUCUUGACUGUCUCUUGUGUGCCUCUGUCCCAGAUGCUAUGGGGCAUGUAGAAUUACAGAUUCUAUCCCAACAGGGACAAAACCAAAAGAUCAAAUGGUUGAGCAAGUAAUACAAAACAGUGUGAAAAUGUGAAGAGUUAUUACAUAGUCACAAACACUGGAAUUUUCUAGCAAAUUGUAAGAGUGGACUCUGGACUAAAAGACACAUCAGCUAGCUGUGUGACCUUGGGCAAGCCUUUUCUUUGCUUCGCUUUCCUCCCUUGUAGUAGGAUACAGGGCUUGGAUUAUGUAACCUCUUAAAGUUACUUGCAGCUCUAUAAUUUCGAGUCAUUCGAGGUCAGAGAGCACUGGAGCGGUUAGGACCAGGCUUCCUUGAAGAGGUGGGGAUAUGAGUUACUGAAGGAUGGAAGAAGAGCACCCCACUGCAAUCCCUGCACUCUACCCACAUGUUCCCCCCCCAACCCCACCCCCCAGGGAGAGGAAGAAUUCCUUGUUUUGACAGUAGGGACUAUGAAUUUGUUUAGUGUAAACCAUGCGCCAAGGAUUCUUAUUUUGAUUCUCAUCACAAAAGCCCUCUGAGUACUGGUGUUACCCCCAGACCACACAUCUAACUGAUGGAGCCAGGAUUUAAACCCAGAGGGGAACCCUACUUUGUUAUUUUGGAAAACAGGGUAUGAAGAAGCCUUGUGGAUGAGAUGAUCCAAAUUUGGUCCUGUCUGCCUUGCGUCUGCCCUGUCUGGCCAAGGAUGAACCCAGCAGCUACCUCUCGGAGGCUCCUACAGCCUUUUCGUCUCCACAUCAACCCCUUUCCUUGGAAAGCCCUUGCCUGGUGGAUAGAAUCCUCUACUAGUAGUAAAGCCUCCGGGCCCCUUCUCGUAACAAGUUGGGUCAGCAGGGCAGAGCUUGGCAAUCCCAUCUAGAGACAAGGAAUUAGGUUCAGAGAAGUUCUAUGGACCCAAGUUGUCUGUGGAGCCAAUUGGCCCCAAGGGCCCAGGACAAAAUUAGGUCCCUUGGCUCUCCACAGUCCUGUCAGUUCUGAAUUGGAGGGGUCAACCCCACCCAAAUGGUAAGGAUUUCAGGGAAAUGGAAGCAGCUUUGCCUGAUACAGUUUCUUUGGAACUCAAGGCAAUGGUUGGAGACAUCUCUGGUUUCUGUGGCUUUCCGUCCUUAGCCUGGCUUGUUUCCCUUGUUUAACUUUUUAAGUAUCUGGCCUCCCCAACCCCUCCAUUCCACACACACACAACACUACCACCUUCCUAGGAGCGCUACCCUGUCCUGGACCCUAGGAGAGAUAUGACAAAGUGGAACAAAGGCAGGACUGUCAUCUGAUUGUCCUAGGAACCAACUGAGCCUGUUUCCUCACCUGUGAAGUGGGGGCAAGAACAAUAGCUUCUUUGGACAUUGGUUAUGAGGCUCGUGGGAGACCAGAUCAUUCAUGUAAAGGACGAUGGCUUCUCACUCUUACCUAGACAGCCAACUCCAGCUGCCCUGGGGAGCACUGGUCUGGACCUUCACCUCCUCAUUCAGCAUGGAGAACACACCAAAAGCCCCGCAGCGCUGGGUCUUGCCCCAGUUCCUACCCCUUCUCUGGCAGCUCCUGCCGCCUCUCCUCCCACUGCCUUACCUGCCUCUGCAGUCCCCCUCACAGCACCCCCACCCUGUCCUGGAGCAAGGCGGGGCGGGACCUAUGUUGUUUUUCCAGGACAAGGAAUCAGCGGUCUGAAGGUUAACCGGGUGUUUGUGCUCAAAGAGUUUGGGGGUGACAGGCCUCAGGGCCUAGGCGUGGGGAGACGAAUCCAACCCUGGCUGGCCCCAGGAAGGGCCAUCUCCGAUGGAGGCGGAAACGCGGGUGUCGCGGCGGUCGGGCGGAGCUCUCCGAGGUGCUGAAGCCACCGGCUCAGUCCCGCGGGCGCCUCAGCCGCAGACUCCCAGGCCCUCCCGCUUCGCGCAGGCAAGGCCCCGAAUCCUCAGGCUCCGGCCACUGAGGUUCGCGGAGACCUUAAGAGACCGGCAGCUCGCCCUCUGGGGUCUCGUUCCGGGCUCCGCCCCAGGUGACCUUGGGCAAUCAGCUUUCCCUCACAGGCAUCAGUGAACUCGCCCACCAGGCCGCGGCUGAAUGGGUUCGCGUCCCAUCCUAGGGCUGGAGGGAGGAUGCGCACCCCUUCUCCGGCCUGAAGUUCGGGAGCGGGGAGCCAGGCGGUGGGGGUGGGGGGCCAAGCGGGCAUUGUGCGCGAUGGGCGGGCUUCUUUCUCCCUGGCGGACUGUUGCCUGUCCUCUCUCCAGCUCCUUCCCAGGCCCCGACGGCCCCUCUUCUCUGGCUGCCCGGCGGCCAACAUGCGGCCCUGAGACUGGAAACUGCCGGACCUCGGCUCUCCGCCCCGACGGAACCGUGACGGCUGAGCCGACCCCACCCACCCGUAACCUCUCGUUGGGGUCAAACACUCGCGCCUCCAAGGUCCCACUGUGAGCGGAGACCCGUAGGGAGUGAGGUCCGGGCUGGGCGCAAGACCACCUCCGGGGCCCGGGUGUUUGGUCAGAGCGGAGGCGGAGAGCGCAGCCAGACGGGGCUGCCAGCUCCCUCCCCACCCCGCGAGGGGGCGCCGCGUCCCCAUGACAACGCGGACACCCCACCCUCCCCCCAUCUCUGCCUCCCGGGAGGGCAGCGCCCCCCGCUAAGCCGUACUGUUGACCGUGGGCGGUGCCCCACCGUGCCCGAGCUGGGAGCUGCCGGCCGGUUCCAGUGAGGGGCGCGCGUAGCUGGGGUCCCCGACGCCCCGGGUGGUGCCCCCCGAGCGUCGCAGUUGGGUGGCCGGUCCGGGGCGGGCGGCGCGGCCCCACCAGGAUUGGCUGCUUCCCCGUGACAUCACGCGGCUCGGGGAAAAGUGCGAGCGUGAGCGCGAGUCGAAGCCACAGCGCCGGGAGCUGCGGGCGGAGCAGGGGCCGCCCCUUGGCACCCCGUCCCCGCCCCCGGCCCGGCCGUGCGCCCCGCCCGCUGGCCCACGGGCCGCCCGCUGGUCCUGCCGUCUGUCAGGUGCGAGGGGACCGGGGCGGAGGUGUCUGACACUGCCCGCCCACUACCGCUAACCAAAAUGGCGAACUUCACACCAGUCAACGGCAGCUCGGGCAACCAGUCUGUACGCUUGGUCACAUCGACCCAUAACCGCUACGAGACGGUGGAGAUGAUAUUCAUCGCCACGGUGACAGGCUCGUUGAGCCUGGUGACUGUCGUGGGCAACAUCCUGGUGAUGCUGUCUAUCAAGGUCAACAGGCAGCUGCAGACGGUCAACAACUACUUCCUCUUCAGCCUCGCGUGUGCCGAUCUCAUCAUAGGCGCUUUCUCCAUGAACCUCUACACCGUGUACAUCAUCAAGGGCUACUGGCCUCUGGGCGCCGUGGUCUGUGACUUAUGGCUGGCCCUGGACUACGUGGUGAGCAACGCCUCUGUCAUGAACCUUCUCAUUAUCAGCUUUGACCGGUACUUCUGCGUCACCAAGCCCCUCACCUACCCGGCCCGGCGCACCACCAAGAUGGCGGGCCUCAUGAUCGCCGCUGCCUGGGUCCUGUCCUUCGUGCUCUGGGCACCUGCCAUCUUGUUCUGGCAGUUUGUGGUGGGCAAGCGGACCGUGCCAGACAACCAGUGCUUCAUCCAGUUCCUGUCCAACCCAGCAGUGACCUUCGGCACAGCCAUCGCUGCCUUCUACCUGCCCGUGGUCAUCAUGACGGUGCUCUACAUUCACAUCUCCCUGGCCAGUCGCAGCCGGGUUCACAAGCACCGGCCCGAGGGCCCUAAGGAGAAGAAGGCCAAGACUCUGGCCUUCCUCAAGAGCCCCCUGAUGAAGCAGAGCAUCAAGAAACCCCCACCGGGGGAAGCCGCUCAAGAGGAGCUGCGCAACGGCAAGCUAGAGGAGGCGCCCCCACCGGUUCUGCCACCGCCGCCGCGCCCGAUGGCCGACAAGGACACUUCCAAUGAGUCCAGCUCCGGCAGUGCCACGCAGAACACCAAGGAACGACCACCCACAGAGCUGUCCACCACAGAGGCCACCGCGCCUGCCAUGCCCGCCCCUCCCCUACAGCCGCGGGCCCUCAACCCGGCCUCCAAAUGGUCCAAGAUCCAGAUUGUGACAAAGCAGACGGGCAACGAAUGCGUGACAGCCAUCGAGAUCGUUCCCGCCACACCAGCUGGCAUGCGUCCGGCGGCCAACGUGGCCCGCAAGUUCGCCAGCAUUGCCCGCAACCAGGUGCGCAAGAAGCGGCAGAUGGCAGCCCGGGAGCGCAAGGUGACACGGACCAUCUUUGCCAUCCUGCUGGCCUUCAUUCUCACCUGGACGCCCUACAACGUCAUGGUCCUGGUGAACACCUUCUGCCAGAGCUGCAUUCCCGACACGGUGUGGUCCAUCGGCUACUGGCUCUGCUACGUCAACAGCACCAUCAACCCUGCCUGCUAUGCCCUCUGCAAUGCCACCUUUAAAAAGACCUUCAGGCACCUGCUGCUGUGCCAGUAUCGGAACAUCGGCACUGCCAGGUAGGCAGGCAAGGGUGCCCCAGAAGGUGCUGGUGGUCACGUGUGUGUGCUGAGCCAUGUGGUCUCUCCCGUGGCUGUCAGGGAGAGAUUUGGAAGCAUCUCUCCGUGUUCACGUUCGCUGAAGAGAACUGAGGUCCCCAAGACCCCGUGAGGCUCAGGAAGAAUCUCUGGCAGGAUUCAGAGAGACCAGAUCUCUGCUCAGGCUGAGGAGGGUCAGCCCCAGAAGCGUCUGAACCAAGACUGCCUGGCCCACCUCUGUUGCCCUGCCUCAGGGAGCUGGGAGGCACUGGCCUCCUGGGGCACCUGCCCCACUGUGACCAACCAGCAUGGCUGAAAUGACAUCUGGAGGGAAGUAAAAGCCCAGAAUCCCCCUUGGGAGGAGCAAAGGAGCCACUGCUUUGGAAAGGAGGCUUCGGAAGGGAGUGGAAGGCUAGGGUCCCCCAUUGUGCCGUAGUUGGUGCUUUCUCCCUGCUGCACCCCGCAUGUAGGCUCAGCCCCUCCUCCCGGGUCCCGUUCCAGGGGCAGAGCUCUCCCCUUGCUGCAGCUGUUCAGCCAGGCUCUGGGUGGGUGGGCUCUCAGGGCCCCCUGCCACAUGCCCCUCGCAGCCCUGCACGUUCAGGAUGGGGUAGCUGGGAGGUCAGGGGUGCACACUCAGGAACUGAGGUCUGGCUUCCUGAGGUCCCAUGCUGAGCAGAGAGGCCCAACGGAUUCUGAAGGGUUCUCCCAGCAGGCUUCUGCAGUGAGGGAGGCCUGGGUCACAGGCGAGAAUGGGUGCGGACUUGACUGUCACAGGCUUCAGUGACAGCGAGGGCCGGGCCGUACCAAAAGGCCUUUGGUUGAGUGUGGCUGACAUGGCGAGUGUCAGUUCUAGGGAAUCUUCCAGGUUCCCUCCCAGUCCUGGUGUGGCCCCUGGAAAGACCAGACUGAAAGGCUCAGGUGACUUGAUGGGGGUCCCCUUUCAGGAGUCAGUAGGGGCCCUGGGAGAAAUUUUCAUAACCGUUCUGCUUUUCCCAUGAGCUCUGGGGAGCAUUCACCGCCAAACCCCCCGGCCCCUAAAAGCCACAGUUCCCACAGCCUUCCCUUUCCUUCACCAGUUCCCGCCCCAACAAAUUACCACAGCAAACUCCCUGGGAAGGGGCUUUUAUAUAUUAAAAGAAAAGCUUUUAUUGGGGGGAAAAA